AUGGAAGUUCAAAGGAAGUUUAGAGUAGAUUUUUUGACACAGGAGCGCGCCUUGGCUUUGUUCCUGGAGAAAGUUGGAGAGAACACUCUAAAUUCUCAUCCUGAUAUACCACAACUUUCUGAAAAGGUGGCAGAGCGGUGCAAAGGCUUGCCACUUGCCCUUAUUACUGUGGGAAGAGCAAUGGGAUCAGGCAAUCCAAGGACUGGAGAAAUUCCCAGUGGAAAUCUCAGAAAUGAUGAGCUUAUAGAACAUUGGAUUGGGGAAGGGUUUUUUGAUGGUAAGGACAUAUAUGAAGCACGCAGACGAGGACACAAAAUCAUUGAAGACCUAAAGAAUGCAUGCUUGUUAGAGGAGAGUGAUGGAUUUAAGGAAUGCAUCAAGAUGCACGAUGUGAUACACGGCAUGGCUCAAUGGAUAAGUCAAGAAUGUGGAAACAAGAUGAACAAGAUUUGGGUAUGUGAAUCUCUCGGGCUUGUUGACGCUGAGAGAGUUACCAAAUGGAAGGAGGCAGAAAGGAUAUCAUUGUGGGGUACGAAUAUUGAGAAACUCCCAGAAACACCACAUUGCUCUAAUCUCCAGAGUCUCUUUGUGAGGGACUGUAUUCAAUUGAAGACAUUUCCAAGAGGAUUCUUCCAAUUCAUGCCUCUUAUAAGAGUUCUAGAUUUGUCAGCUACUCAUUGUUUAACGGAGUUACCUGAUGGGAUUGAGAGAUUAGUGGAAUUGGAAUACAUUAAUCUUUCAAUGACACAUGUAAAAGAGUUGCCGAUUGGGAUGAAGAAGUUGACAAAACUGAGGUGCUUGUUACUUGAUGGCAUGCCUCCACUUAUAAUUCCUCCACAUUUGAUAUCUAGUCUUUCAUCAUUACAAUUGUUUACUAUGUAUGAUGGAAAUGCUUUCUCUGAAUAUCGCACCAACUUAUUGGAAGAACUGGAGUCAAUAGAACCUGUGGAUGAGUUAUCUCUCUCCUUUCGUAGUGUUGUAGCUCUCAAUAAAUUACUGAGCUCCUACAAGUUACAAAGUAAUAAACAACCAACACUUCCGCAGGCUUCGUGA